AUGUAGUAGAGCUGGAAGCGGCCAGCUAAGCUAACAGAGCCUGCAGCUGCUGCUACGAGCCGAGCUGCUCCCAUCAGCCAGCCACCAGCGGUGCUCCAUUAUCCUGCAAAACUGGGAUUUAAAUAGGUGCUCUUCAGGUUCCUGUUGGUCUUUACAAAAGGACUUGAUCAGUCAACUGGAUCUCUACCUCUGCAUGGAAAAUUCUUUUUGCCUGCGGAAACAAUAGCCACUCUGGUGGGACACGCUGUGUUGAGUGCACCAACAUGUUCAAUCUGAUGAAAAAGGAUAAAGAGAGGGAUGGGGGGAAAAAAGAAAAGAAAGAUAAGAAGGAGAGGAUGUCUGCAGCAGAGCUGCGAAGCUUGGAGGAGAUGAGCAUGCGGCGUGGUUUCUUCAACCUAAAGAGGGAGGCCAAGCGUGAGUCUAAGAACAAACUGGAGAUCUCUAACCCCAUCCCCAUCAAAGUGGCCAGCAGCAAUGAGCUUACCCUCACCGACAUUGAGUCGGAUGGUUUGAGCAACCGCAGCAGCAUGGUUCUGGAUGACCAGCUGAGCGCUGCCAGCUCCACUGAUGACCUGAAGGGUGAAGGAGGAGGAGGCCAGGACGGCCACCGGAGCUCAGUGCGCGAUCGUGUGGCUCACUUCGGUUCACUGGCCAAGCAGAACUCUGCACAGGUUGGCCAGAUGAUGAAGCGCUUCUCCUUUUCUCAAAGGAGCAAAGAGGAGAGCCUCUCGGAGGGCUCGACACCCUCAGGCCAGAACUCGGCCGCCCCCUCCCCGCAGGUGGAGACCAAGGUGUUUGACCCGCUGCGCAAGCAGAGCCUCAAGCAGCAGCAUGGGGCGCCAGUGCCUAAAAAAGUCAGCAUCCCUGAAGUGGUGGACAAGACCUUCCCAGCCAACCUGCAGCUCCCGACUGUCAUCGCGCCAAGUGCCCCAGAAACACGCGAACUGGAACUACAACGCCGCAACACUGGCGACUUUGGGUUUUCUUUGCGUCGCACCACUAUGCUUGACCGCAGCGCUGAUGGAGGAGUGUACAGGCGCGUGGUCCACUUUGCUGAGCCCGGUGCUGGCACAAAGGACCUGGCUCUGGGGCUGGUGCCGGGCGACAGGCUGGUGGAGAUAAACGGCCGAAACGUGGAGAGCAAGAGCCGGGACGAGAUUGUGGAGAUGAUCCGGCAGUCUGGAGACACAGUCCGGCUGAAAGUGCAGCCCAUCCUGGAGCUGAGCGAGCUGAGCCGCUGCUGGCUGAGGAACACCGAGGGGCUGCGCAGGGAGGCCAGACAUGUGAAGACCGAGGAGCAGAUAGCAGCAGAGCAGGCUUGGUAUGGAUCAGAAAAAGUCUGGCUGGUCCACAAGGAUGGCUUCUCCUUGGCCACCAUGGUGAAGACAGAGCCUGGCUCCCUUCCAGAGGGCAAAGUGAAAAUCAGACUGGAGCAUGAUGGGACAUUACUGGAUGUGGACGAGGAUGAUGUGGAGAAGGCUAACCCGCCAUCGUACGACCGAUCGGAGGACCUGGCUUCGUUGCUUUACCUGAACGAGUCCAGCGUUAUGCACUCACUGAGGCAGCGCUAUGGAGGCAACCUGAUCCAUACCUACGCUGGAGCCAACAUGGUGGUCAUCAACCCCCUCAGCACACCAUCCAUGUACUCCGAGAAGGUGAUGCACAUGUUCAAAGGCUGCCGACGCGAGGACUCAGCGCCUCAUAUCUAUGCUGUAGCCCAGUCGGCCUACCGCAACCUGCUCACUACCCGGCAGGACCAGUCCAUUGUGCUGCUGGGCAAGUCCGGCAGCGGCAAGACCACCAAUUGCCAGCACCUGGUCCAAUACCUGGUUUCUAUUGCCGGCAGCACUGGCAAGAUCUUCUCUGCGGAGAAGUGGCAGGCGGUCUAUACCAUCCUGGAAGCUUUUGGCAACAGCGCCACCGCCAUGAACACCAAUGCCAGUCGCUUCUCUCACAUUGUGUCCCUGGACUUUGACCAAGCUGGACAGGUGGCUUCUGCCUCCAUCCAGACAAUGCUGCUGGAGAAGCUGAGGGUGACCAGGCGUCCUGAGGCCGAGUCCACCUUCAACGUCUUCUACUACAUGAUGGCCGGAGCUGACAGCACCCUCAGAACGGAGCUUCACUUUAACCACUUUGCAGAGAACAGCGCUUUUGGGAUCCUGCCUCAGUCUAAGCCUGAGGACAAACAGCGAUCCUCCCAGCAGUUCACCAAACUGCAAGCAGCCAUGAAGGUGCUCGGCGUCUCUGGUGAAGAGCAGAAAGCCCUCUGGCUCAUCCUGGGGGCCAUUUACCACCUUGGGGCCGCUGGAGCCACUAAAGACACAGAUGAAGCAGGACGUAGGCAGUUUGCCCGUCAUGAGUGGGCCCAGAAAGCAGCCUACCUGCUGGGCUGCAGCCUGGAGGAGCUCUCCUCCUCCAUCUUCAAACAUCAGGCCAAAGGACUGCAGCAUUCCACCUCGUUCAGAGGAGGACCAGACGAGGCCGGCCAAGGUGACAGCUCAGGCCCUAAGGUCACAGCACUGGAGUGUUUGGAGGCCAUGGCGUCAGGCCUUUACUCAGAGCUCUUCACCUUGGUCAUCUCCCUCAUUAACAGGGCCCUGAAGUCCAGUCAGCACUCGCUGUGCUCUCUGCUGAUCGUGGACACGCCGGGUUUCCAGAACCCACGCAUGGCUCAGCGGCGCCGGGGAGCCACGUUCGAGGAGCUCUGCCACAACUACACCCAGGAGAGGCUGCAGACCCUCUUUCAUGAACGCACCUUUGUGCAGGAGCUGGAGAGAUACAAGGAGGAAAACAUAGAGCUUGCUUUAGAUGACAUAGAGUCCAGUACCUCACUGUCUGUAGCAGCAAUUGAUCAAGCUUCAACCCAAGCCCUGGUGCGCACCCUGGCCAGGACAGAUGAGGCUCGAGGUCUGCUAUGGCUUAUGGAAGAGGAAGCCGUUCAGCCUGGAGGUUCAGAAGAAACGCUGCUGGAGAGACUCUUCAACUAUUAUGGCCCUGCACAGGGAGAGAACAAGGGACCCAGUCUGCUGCUUAAAGGAGAGAAGCCCCACCUCUUCCUGUUGGGCCACAGCCAUGGGACUGACUGGGUUGAGUAUGACGCCCAGGGCUGGCUGAACCAUGCCAAGCACAAUCCUGCCGCCCAGAAUGCCGCCACGCUGCUGCAGGACUCCCAGAAGAAGAACAUCAGCGGGCUGUUCAUGGGCCGGGCAGGAGGGGCCACAGUGCUUUCAGGGUCCAUCGCUGGUCUGGAGGGCGGGUCCCAGCUUGCCCUGCGACGAGCCACCAGCAUGAGGAAGACCUUCACUACAGGCAUGGCUGCCGUCAAGAAGAAGAGCCUUUGCAUUCAGAUCAAGCUGCAGGUGGAUGCCCUGAUUGAUACGGUGCGUCGGUCCAGGGUUCACUUUGUCCACUGCCUGCUGCCCAAAGCUGAGGCAGUUGGGGGAGGAGGGGAGCCCCGCGUGGCCCACGGCGAGAGCCCUGACUCGGGCCUCAUGACGCUAGAUGUUAGUCUGCUCCGGGCCCAGCUCCGUGGAUCUAAACUGCUGGAUGCACUGCGUAUCUACAGACAAGGAUACCCAGACCACAUGGUGUUCUCCGAGUUUCGCCGCCGUUUUGACGUGCUGGUGCCACACCUCACCAAGAAGCAUGGACGCCACUACAUUGUCACUGAUGAGAAGAGGGCGGUGGAGGAACUGCUGGAGUCCCUGGAGCUGGAGAAGAGCAGCUACCACAUGGGGCUGAGCAGGGUGUUCUUCAGAGCAGGGACUCUGCCCAGGCUGGAGGAACAGCGAGACGUCCAGACCAGGAGGAACAUCACUCUGUUCCAGGCUGCCUGCCGGGGUUACCUGGCCAGACAGGCCUUCAAGAAGAGGAAGAUUCAGGACUUGGCCAUCCGCUGCAUCCAGAAGAACAUUAAGAAGAAUCGCGGAGUGAAGGGCUGGCCCUGGUGGAAGCUGUUCACCACCGUCAGGCCUCUAAUAGAAGUGCAGCUGACUGAGGAGCAGAUCCGCGGCAAGGACGAGGAGAUCCAGCAGCUGAAGCAGAAGUUGGAGAAGGUGGAGAAAGAGAGAAAUGAGCUGAGACUAAACACCGACCGCCUCGAAAGCCGGAUCACAGAGCUGUCGUCAGAACUUGCCGAUGAGCGUAACACUGGGGAGUCGGCCUCCCAGCUGCUGGAGACUGAAACCUCUGAGAGACUCCGCCUGGAGAAGGACAUGAAGGACCUGCAGGCCAAGUUUGACAGCAUGAAGAAACAGAUGGAGUCCAUGGAGAUGGAGGUGAUGGAGGCUCGACUCAUUAGGGCCUCCGAACUCAAUGGAGAGAUGGAUGACGAUGACACAGGAGGAGAGUGGAGGCUGAAGUAUGAAAGAGCCAUCAGGGAGAUCGAGUUCACCAAGAAGAGACUACAGCAGGAGUUUGACGACAAGCUGGAGGUGGAGCAGCAGAACAAACGACAGCUGGACAGGAGGAUCAGCGACCUGCAGGCAGAUAAUGAGGAGUCGCAGCGAAACGCCCAGCAGCUGAAGAAGAAAUGCCAGAGACUCACAGCUGAACUGCAGGACACCAAACUCCACCUGGAGAGCCAACAGAGCCGCAACCACGACCUCGAGAAGAAACAGAGGAAGUUUGACAGUGAGCAGAGCGCGGCCCAGGAGGAGGUGCAGAGAGAGAGGAGCCAGAGGGAGAAACUGGCCAGAGAGAAAGACAUGCUGACCGGAGAGGUCUUCAGCCUCCGACAGCAGCUGGAGGACAAGGACCUGGAGAUGUGUGCAGUCAACCUGAAGCUGGAGCAGCUGGAGGCCGAGCUGCAGGACCUCAACUCCCAGGAGUCCAAGGACGAGGCAUCGCUGGCCAAGGUCAGGAAGCAGCUCCGUGACAUGGAGGCCAAGGUUAAGGACCAGGAGGAGGAGCUGGACGAGCAGGCUGGCACCAUCCAGAUGCUGGAGCAGGCCAAGCUGCGCUUGGAGAUGGAGAUGGAGCGUUUACGUCACACCCACUCCAAGGAGAUUGAGAGCAAAGACGACGAGGUUGAGGAGAUCAGGCAGUCCUGCAGCAAGAAGCUGAAGCAGAUGGAGGUUCAGCUCGAAGAAGAGUACGACGAGAAGCAGAAGGUGCUGAAAGAGAGGAGAGAGCUGGAGGCAAAGCUGCUGUCAGCCCAGGAUGAGGUGCGACAUGGCGACAUUGAGACAGAGAAGCGUCUGAGGAAGGACCUGAAGAGAACCAAGGCUCUGCUGGCUGAUGCCCAGAUCAUGUUGGACCACAUGAAGAACAACGCACCCAGCAAGAGGGAGAUCGCCCAGCUCAAGAACCAGCUGGAGGAGUCAGAGUUCACCUGUGCAGCGGCGGUCAAGGCCCGUAAAUCCAUGGAAGUGGAGAUUGAGGAUCUGCACGUUCAGAUGGAGGACAUUUCCAAAGCCAAACAAGCACUGGAAGAACAGCUGAGUCGUCUGCAGAGGGAGAAGAACGACCUCCAGUCCAGGAUGGAGGAAGACCAGGAGGACCUCAAUGAGCUGAUGAAGAAACACAAGUCAGCUGUGGCACAGUCAGCCCAGAACCUGGCCCAGAUUAGCGACCUACAAGCCCAGCUGGAGGAGACCAUGAAGGAGAAGCAGGAGAUCCAGGAGAAGAUGCAAGCUCUUCAGAGCCAACUGGAGUUCCAGGAGCAGUCCAUGGUGGAGAAAUCCCUCGUUAGCCGGCAAGAAGCAAAAAUCCGAGAGCUGGAGACCAAGCUGGAGUUUGAGAAGACCCAGGUCAAACGCCUGGAGAGCCUUGUAGCUCGUCUGAAGGAGAACCUGGAGAAGCUGACGGAGGAACGAGAUCAGCGCAGCAGCAGCGAGAACCGAGAGAAGGAGCAAAACAAACGUCUGCAGAGGCAGAUCCGCGACGUCAAGGAGGAGAUGGGCGAACUGGCCAAGAAGGAGGCCGAGGCCAGCCGCAAGAAACACGAGCUGGAGAUGGACAUUGAGAGUUUAGAGGCUGCUAAUCAGAGUCUACAGGCAGACCUUAAACUAGCCUUCAAGAGGAUCGGUGACCUCCAGGCAGCCAUCGAGGAUGAAAUGGAGAGCGACGAUAAUGAAGACCUUAUAAAUAGUUUGCAAGACAUGGUGACAAAGUAUCAGAAAAGAAAGAACAGAACUCAGGGGGAUUCAGACACCGACUCUGAAGUGGAGGAUCGCGUGGAUGGGGUGAAGUCUUGGCUAUCCAAAAACAAAGGUUCCACUAAGAACCUCUCAGAUGAUGGCAGCCUGAAGAGCUCCAGAUAUGCUGUAAACGUAGACUCAAAAGAAGGGAAAGAGUGGAAAGAGGGUAAGGAAUGGAAAGAGGCCAAUAAGGAGGGCAAGGAGGUAGAGCCAAGCAGGCCUGUGUCUGUGAUGAGUUCUCUUAGCUACAGAAAACGCUCCAACCUUGACUCCAUUGGUGGUAAAGGAGAUGACAGCUCCCUCUUCAGUGCCCUCAAGGAAAACUCAGAGUCACAGGACACUCUGUCUUCCUUCCGUAAGGGUAAACCCAAAGCCUCAGACCCUCAGGAUGACUCCUACUCAGUCAGCUCCAUGAGAAAGUCCCAAGCAGGGGAAGAUGACCGACAGUCAGUCAUCUCCCAGGCCUAUUCAGAGGCCACCAGCCGAGCCAGGAAAGGCAUGGACAGCCGCUGGGGUGACUUCGACAAGGAAUCUACCAUUUCAUCAGUUGGGCCGAGUCGGGCUUCCACACGCCGUGGUUUAAGCCCUGAGGAUGAUGCUAGGUCUACCAUCAGCUUAGGUCUGUCCAGCCCACUUGGACGCCGUCGAAGCACUACGCGUUUAGACGAGGGGAGAGGUGGGGAAUCGUUAUACGGCCGCAGUCCCAGUAGUCCUUGUUUGAGUAGACGGUCUGGUGGUCGCAGUCCUGGGAGCGUGAGCCGCGCUGAUUCUCGUAUGUCAUUGGCACGCAGUUGCCGCCUGAGUGAGUUUGAUGUUGAUAUCGAUGAUAGUCGAAGUGUCGCCUUCACUGAGAGGUCAGCAUACAGUCCUCAUUCGUCCACUGGGCGCAGUAUGUCCAUGCCACCACCACAAGCUAGAUCCUUGGCUGGAGAUGAUGACCCGGUAGAUACCCUGGAUGUCAAGCCAGUCAGUCAUCGCAACUACCUUGAUCCUGACCUUGAGAAAGCCAUCAAUGAGGUGCUGAGCUUCAAGCCUAUCAAAUUCAAGCGCAGGAGUUUGGAAGACUCUGAAGCUGAGGGAGGGAAAUCCCACAAUGAUGAAGAUGAUAGGAAGAGUAUGCAAGAUAUGGAUAGCGGCCGUGGAGGCAGCAGUCUUAGACGCUCUGCGUCCGCUGUGGACUGCAUGAGAGGUUCCCGUAGCACCAGCAGCAGCCGCAGUCAUAGCAGGAAGAGUAAAGGCAAGAGCAAGAAAAAGAAGAGAAGCCACAGCUCCGAGUCAGACAGCUCUGCCGAUGACCGCCGAAGUAGGAGCAGCUCCAAGAAGAGGGGCAAGAAGUCCAAGAAGAAGUCCAAGAGGAGGGACGAAUCUUCCUCUUCGUCCUCGUCUUCUUCGUCCUCAGAGUCUGAUUCAGAAUCGGAUUCUAGCUCCGGCGCUUCUACCAUUUCCUACCGUAGCUCAAGCAGUGUGAAGAGAGCCCCGGGUCGACAGGUGUCCAGCCCAGAAAGAGAGGAUGAAGCUGGGCGACCUAAUGAGGGCCAGCCUGUUAACAAGAAGGAGGAGAAGAAAAGGAAGAAGAAGGUGGACAACUUAAUGAUGAAGUAUCUGUACCGGCCAGACAGUGACUGAUGCAGGCAGUAGGUGGUUGCCUGAUAUGGACUUACUUGAAGAGUGUUUUUGAAGCAUGGUGUGAUUCUAACCGCUGAAAAGCAUUAAUCAGUCCUUUGUCAACAUUUUAAAUGCCUCCCAUUCGGUCUAACUGCUGCAUGUUAGGCUUUCACAGUUUUCGAAUUCCCAUUUGUCAGUUGUACUUUGGAUGAUGUAUCACCUUAGACAUGCUGGCAUUCUUGGAUGUUUACUGCACAUUCUCAAUUUCCAACCAAACGCUGGUAAUAGAGUUCAUUAAUUCAGUGGCUCCUCGUACACCAAUUAGGAUUAUGUCUGUCGAAUGACAAUUAUUCUGACAUUUCUUUUCAGCGCUGUAAUGCCAUUAAGACUUUUGUGGAAGACUCACUGGGAGAGAAAGAGGCUUAGGCGUGUUGUGAAUUUUAUCAUCAUACAGAUUAGCUUAGGUGGCGAGAAGCAGCGCUCACGUGGAUGUUACACAGCUGCUAAUUCCUCCCCCAAAUGUCUCUUUGAUUUAUAGCCCCAAAAAGGUAAAAAUAACAGGAGUCGUCAAUUAAGAGAGGCCACAGUGGAUUUUUCCCUCCAGGCCCGUAACUGCAGGCAUAAUUAGACCCCAAGCAUCGAUUUACACCAACUAGCGAGUUCAUUUAAGAUGCACAAUUGACAGUAAUUAACCCCCGGUUUGCAAUAUUUAAGCAGCUUGAAUGUUAAAUAAUGUUAAAACCCAGGGUAGGUUGUAGGUAGACUGAUGAUUGAGUUUGGAUUUUUCCUGUUUCUAAUGAGUUCAUGUAGGAAUUUUGAUGGGGACGUUACACUAAAUGCCACUCAGAUAAUGUUUUGGCAUUGCUUCUCUUCACAUUAGCAUCUUUAUCAGUUACACAACACAAAGCAAAGCAAAGGAAGCUUGCAAAAGCAGGCAAACCUAACAGACAUCUACAGCAGUAUGAGAGUACUUGCAUCUUUUUUAUUUACUCAUCAGAUUGGUGUAGUUUGAGUCCCAUAGUAUCCAUCGUAACAACACAUUUUGCAUGCUUAUGUGUGGCAGCAUAUUGCAUGGACUCAGAGUUUUCUUGGAGCACUUACGAUGAUACCUGACUUUGGUUUUUGGAGGCAGCAUUUACCCGACACACUGCCUACUUUUUACCUGUGCUCUUGUGCCAUUUCUGAUUGUAACAUGAG